AUGCACGGGUCUCAGGUUCUUCUCGUCGCCCUCCAGGCGUGGGCGAUCGCCGCUGGUCCUGUCCUUGUACCUCGCCAAAAAGAUGUCAUCACUGGUGCUCUUGGAAUGGUUCAAAGCUCACUUAAGCAGCUCGACACGGCUGUCAACAAACUCAGCGCGACCGAUGCCAACUCUGCCGUCGGCGUUCUCAACGCGGCCCAGGGCGCGCAAUCCAUGAUCGAGAAGGCCACAAGCCAGAUCUCGAAUGCUGAUAACUUGGGUCUCUUCGGAGCCCUUGGACUUCAACAGACGGCCACUGAUCUUGUCGGUCAAGUUCAGACCACCCUCGGCGACCUCGAGAAGAAGAAGCCCGUAUUCGACCAGCUUGGCGUCACUUCUGUAGUAUCGGACGCUCUUCAGCAACAAAAGUCAGGCAGCGGUCAGCUCGGUGAUAUGCUCCUUAGCAAGGUUCCGGCCAUCGCGCGCCCGAUCGCUCAGAAGAGCACCGGCCAGCUCACUGAAGCUAUCGACAGUGCCAUCGCGACAUUUAAGAAGCCAGCUGCUGCCAAGCCUGCAGCUCCUGCAGCCCCUGCCAAGCCUCCUGCGGCUCCUGCGGCUCCUGCAGUCGCUGCAGCCGCUGCAGCGGCAGCGGCAGCAUAG